GGGAGGCGGGGGGCGCAUCCCGGGAGGAUGGCAGAGCCGCCCCGGCGAGCCGAGCCCCGGCGCGCAGGGAGCCAGUGAGAGGGAGGAGAGGGGAAAACACAAACAAGCAAACAACCCACAACAAACAAAGCGGGCAGAGAGCAGCGCCGAGCCCCGCCGCCCCUGCCCCAAAGGCGCCCGCCCGCCCGCAGCCCGCACAGCCGCUGCCCCAGCGAAGAUGCGCCCGGCCCUGGCCCACGGACUCUGCUCGCUGCUGCUCAGCCUCUGGGUACCCAGCUCCUGCUCUAAUGAGAUACUGGGCCUGAAGCUGCCAUCAGAGCCAGUGCUGAAUGCCAACACAGUGUGCCUGACCCUGCCGGGGCUGACACGGCGGCAGCUAGAGGUGUGUGUGCGCCACCCUGACGUCACCGCCUCAGCCAUCCAGGGUAUCCAGAUUGCCAUCCAUGAGUGCCAGCACCAGUUCCGGGACCAGCGCUGGAAUUGCUCCAGCCUUGAGACCAAGAACAAGAUUCCAUAUGAGAGCAUCAUCUUCAGCAGAGGCUUUCGGGAGAGCGCCUUUGCCUACGCCAUAGCGGCCGCCGGCGUGGUGCACGCCGUGUCCAACGCCUGCGCCCUCGGGAAGCUGCAGGCCUGCGGCUGCGACCAGAAGCGCCGUGGCGAUGAGGAGGCUUUCCGGCGCAAGCUGCACCGCCUCCAGCUGGAAGCCAUGAACCGCGGCAAGGGCAUGGUGCACGGUGUGCACAUGGAGCACAUGCCAGCAGAGACCCCUGGCCUCCAGGACUCCUGGGAAUGGGGAGGCUGCAGCCCUGAUGUGGACUAUGGAGAGAAGUUCUCCAAGGAUUUCCUCGAUUCCCGGGAAACCUACAGGGAUAUCCACUCCCGGAUGCGGCUGCACAACAACCGUGUGGGCCGGCAGGUGGUGAUGGACAACAUGAGGAGAAAGUGCAAAUGCCACGGUACCUCAGGGAGCUGCCAGCUGAAGACAUGCUGGCAGGUGACGCCUGAGUUUCGCCUGGUGGGGUCCCUGCUCAAGGACCGCUUCUACGGGGCCACCCUCAUUCGGCCCCACAACCGGAAUGCCGGGCAGCUGGAGCCGGGCCACGCUCGGCAUCGCCGCCGGGCUGGCAUCAGCGAGCUGGUUUACUUUGAGAAGUCACCCGACUUCUGCGAGCGAGAACCGGCCCUGGACUCUUUGGGCACUCAAGGGCGCCUGUGCAACAAGACCAGCCCGGGCAUGGACAACUGCGAGAGCCUGUGCUGCGGCCGCGGGCACAACAUCCUGCGGCAGACGCGCAGCGAGCGCUGCAACUGCAAGUUCCACUGGUGCUGCUUCGUGGCCUGCGAGGAGUGCCGCAUCACCGAGUGGGUCAGCGUCUGCAAGUAGCCAGGCAGGGAUGGGUGCCCGCCCCAGGGUGCCAGGGACAAGCACGCCUGCCUGCGGCAGGGGAGGGAGACGGGGAUUGGCGCUGGGGGAGAGGUGGAGCCGCGAUACCCGCUUCCCUCCGCUCCGAGGGAGCAGGAGAGGACAUGCUCAGCACCCUCCAAAAUCAGCACUUUGUCGUCACCUGGGAAGGGAAGGGCAGGGCUGCUCGCUGCCUCCCAGCCCCACAUGAGAGCACCAAGGCUCCCGGCCCCGGGGAGCCCACGGCCAUGCUGUACAGACCGCCGACACCAGCACCACUCGGGGGGGCGGAGGGUGGGCCUGGGGGUGGGGGACUGCCCGCUGCACCCAGCGGUAUGGAGCAGGAUGGGGUCUUGGACAGCAGGGCAUGGGGAGUCCAGGGCGGGAGGGAAGUGGGGGGGACACACACUAACACUGUGCACAAGUUCCUCCAACCACAUGCGAGGUUGUGCUCGGAGCAGGAUGGAGUUGGAGCACCCCAUGGGAUGGAGAAGGGGCACGGCUCCCCGGGCUGGGGCUCAUCUCUCACCUCCGGGCUGGCUUGGGCUUCGUGGCCGGAGGGGCGGGUGCCCGGGGCUGUGCUGUGUGUGUCUGUGUUAUUAUAUGGUAAGUUAUUUUCUGAUUGUGAAUAAAAGUGGAUUGGAGACAGCA